AUGGGCAAGGAUUAUUAUAAAAUAUUAGGAAUUACUAAGGGUGUUAGCGAUGAUGAGAUAAAGAAAGCGUAUCGUAAAAUGGCUCUGAAAUACCAUCCAGACAAAAAUAAAGAAUCGGGUGCUGAAGCGAAGUUUAAGGAAGUGGCGGAAGCAUAUGAUGUCUUGUCAGAUCCAAAGAAAAGAGAAAUAUACGACAAAUAUGGCGAAGAUGGCUUGAAAAGAGGAGAGGGAGGCUUCGGAGGUCCCGGUGGUGUUUAUUAUGAAUUCCAAGGAGAUCCACUGCGAAUGUUUGCUCAGUUUUUCUCUGCUGAUGAUCCUUUCUCCUCCUUCUUCGGUGGAAGCGGUGCUGGGAGCGCUGGUGCUGGGCCACAGAUUUUCUUUUCAACCCAUGACGAUGAUAGUUCUUUUGCGCUUUGUUCCUUACGUAUUGCAGGAACGAGUUUUGGAAUACCGCCACAUUCACGACGACAGCGUCAAGAUCCAGUUGUCCAACAUGAACUCCUUGUUUCCUUAGAAGAUAUUUAUAAGGGCUGCACCAAGAAAAUGAAGAUUACGCGGAGGGUAUUAUGCAACGAUGGGCAAGUGUCACGUAUGGAAGAUAAAGUAUUAACUAUCAAUAUUAAGCCCGGUUGGAAAAGUGGUACAAAAAUUACAUUUCCAAAAGAAGGGGAUCAGCAUCCAGGUCGAGUUCCUGCCGACAUAGUGUUUGUUAUUAAGGACAAGAGCCAUCCUAAAUUCAAGCGAGAAGGUGCGGAUAUACGCUACGUGCACAAAAUAUCGCUUCGUGAUGCAUUGUGUGGAACAGUAGUACAUGUUCCUACUUUAGAUGGGGCUUUACUUCCGCUACGCAUCAAUGAAAUCAUCAAACCAAAUACUUCUAGACGGCUUACUGGACAUGGUUUACCCAAUCCCAAAAUGGCUGGACGCAGAGGGGAUUUGAUCGUUGAUUUUGAUGUAAAGUUCCCCGAUUCAAUUUCAUCAGCGUCUAAAGAAUUGAUAAUGAACGCUUUGCCAGCGUAA